AUGGAUACAGAUUCAGAUGGUUAUUUAGAUUAUCAAGAAGCCAAAACGGCAAUGAAAGCUUUAGGAUUGACAGUAAAUAAAUCUUUUGUUUUGUCAGUUAUUCGCAUGUAUGAUAAACGUGGUAACGAUAAAAUUAGUUUCGAUGAUUUUUAUUAUGUUGUAUUUGAAAAGUUAAAAAUACAAGAUCCUAUUGAUCAUGUUAAAUAUGCAUUCAAGAUAUUUACUGCAGAGUCUUCGAUAGAAAAAAUCAGAUUGGAAGAUUUACAAAGAAUUAAUAGUAAAAUUGAUUCUAAUCUGACGCUUGAUGAGAUGAAGCUUAUGAUCAAAGAAUUUGAUAAAAAUGAGGAUGAUUCUAUCGAUGAAGCUGAAUUCAUAGAAAUGAUGACCGAAUCAGAAAAUUAA